GUCUGUCCCUCUGACGCACAUUCAUCUCCCGCCCUGCUAUUGGGUUCCUCUCCUUUACAAUCCCCGCCUGCAUUACCUACGAACAUUAAAGGUAGUAGUCGACGAAUUCGACGGCCAACCUGCCACCCAGAGGUCCUACUACUCGGUCUCUCGCCCUGUCACGCACCCCAACCCACCCCCGAACGUCGGCCCGCUGCCCACGAGCUACAGUAGUAGUAGAGUAGACGCACUCUGGUGGAGCGAUGGUGUCAUUGCCAUCCCUGAUUCAGAACACCAUCCCGACAACAAGAGUCAUCUCGCCGGCGGUUUUUCGUCUUGCGCCUCGACAACUUGAACGCUCGUACACCUCUCUCUGAAUCCGUUGAGAGCAGUCGUAGCCUGUCGCCCUCAUCGCCAGCCGUCACUGCUGCGAAACGCGCCGCAAUGUGCCGCUUUCUGGUAUACAAGGGCAGCGACGAGAUCCUCCUCUCCAAGCUCAUCCUCGACCCGACGCACUCGAUCCUCAAGCAGUCCUUUGACUCUCGGCUGCGACUGGAUACACGUCGUGGCCAGAACAAUGCCGACGGAUUCGGCAUCGGCUUCUACACCGACCCCAAGCUGGGAUCCGCGCCCUGCCUUUUCACCUCGACUACUCCGGCCUGGAACUGCACCAACCUCCAGCGCAUAGCCUCCAAGACGGCGUCACGCCUGAUUUUCGGUCAUGUCCGCGCCACGACCGAGGGCUCCCUCAGCGAAGAUAACUGCCACCCAUUCACCCACGGAAGCCUGAUGUGGAUGCACAAUGGCGGCCUUGGUGGCUGGAAGCAUAUCAAGCGGAAGCUGGGCGCGCGCCUGGCGGACAAGUGGUACCUCGGAGUCAAAGGCGGCACCGACAGCGAAUGGGCCUUUGCCCUCUUCCUCGACACCCUCGAGCGCCUUGGCCAUGACCCGAGCGCGUGUCCCGAAAAGGGAUUCGGGCCUACUGUCCUGCGCACGGCGGUAGAGCAGACGAUAGCCCAAAUAAACGCCUUGACGGACUCGAUACCGCAAGAUGUUCUGCAGAGCGAAGACGUCGACACUAGGAGCCUGCUCAACUUUGCGGUCACGGACGGUCACAGCAUCAUCUGCACGAGGUACAUCAGCAGCUCGAGAGACGAAGCCGCCAGCCUGUACUAUUCGUCAGGAACGCAAUGGGUCACGCGAACAGGCGACCCAGAUGAUCGCCAGUAUCAGAUGGAGCGCAAGGACCGGGGCGCCGACAUUGUUCUCGUUGCCAGCGAGCCCCUGACGUUUGAGCGAGAGAACUGGGUCAACGUGCCGACAAAUUCUAUCCUAACAAUCCACCGCCAGACCGUCAUGGUCCACCCCAUCCUGGACAAGUACUACGAGCGAGACCCGCACCAUGUUCGCUCGAGCGCCUUUGUCCAGGCCAAGGGUCUCGUUUCCAACGAAAAGGCACCCAGCGGAAGCAUCAGUCCGGCAAAUGAGCCCCCACAGGCCAGCUUCGAGGGGUAUCGGAAACUCGCUGCGCAGUCCCUCUGCUCGCGUAGCAUCAGCCCCGACGUCGUCCGGCGUCCACUCACGCCCGCGUCAUCGAGGGCCUCCGCCGUCUCUCGUUGACUCAUUGUUGCGCUGGCGCACGCCCUGGGGGCCGGGUCUGUAUUGCGAGGCUGGUCGUUGCUCGGGUUGACUUCUGGUGCAUUAGAUGAGCAUGUGGUCGCACUUAGGGAUGGAUUUGAGCACGGUCUGGCGAGCUACGCCAAGUAAACCUCAAGCUAGUGGAAAUUGUCACUGUUCUUGCCAGGGACACACUGGGAGCCUCACUGCGCCAGAAGUUUCCUAUGAAGCUGGCGCAUCGCACUGGACGCCUACGGGGUGGUGGUUCUUAUACGGUCUACGUCAUCUCCCAAUAGAAGCCUCGCGCGGUCUGUGAUGGCUUCACAUGGCGCAAGCCUUGGUGUCCUACGUGCAAGCCGCGUGUUGCGCCUCUGCACCUUCAAGCUCGGUAGCGUGGCCAUGAACAUUUCCUCGCCUGUCGCCCCUGGGUUAUAAACCUGCUGUGUUCGUCGCUCCUGGCGGUAGACAAACAGGACACCUUCAAACUCUUCUCUCCUCUUGUCUCUCGCCCUCGCAAAUCCGAGGCGUACGGCCCCUCGCUCAAGACGACGUCUCCUGCUGCAGGAGAAGAGUCUAGACGCCUUUCACCAGAAAACCCCGUCCAUACGCCACCAGCACUGCCC